UUUCCCUCCUCCCUUCCCCCCCUGUCUCUCCCUCGUCAUCCCUCUUCCGCCGCUUAUCCCUUAUCCCUCAUCCCUUAUCCCUCAUCCCUUAUCCCUCAUCCCUUAUUCCUUGUCCCUUAUCCGUUAUCCCUCAUCCCUUAUCCCUUAUCCCUCAUCCCUUAUCCCUCAUCCCUUAUCCCUUAUCCCUCAUCCCUUAUCCCUUAUCCCUCAUCCCUUAUCCCUUGUCCCUUAUCCGUUAUCCCUCAUCCCUUAUCCCUUAUCCCUCAUCCCUUAUCCCUCAUCCCUUAUCCCUUAUCCCUCAUCCCUUAUCCCUUAUCCCUCAUCCCUUAUCCCUCCGCUUACAAACUUUUCCCAUCCUGUGCAAUCUUCACUGACCAUCCCUCCGCCCCUUACCAGACAGAGCUCUCAGCAGUGAACGAGCAGCUGCGGCAGCAGGCAGAGACUCUCCUCUCCGAGAUCAGCGCACUGGAAGACGCCAUCCGCCAGGUGGAGGCCAUGGACCAGCGCCGCCCGCACCACCGCGUGCGCCUGCUGCGGCAGCAGCGCGGCUUUGUGUGCUCUGCGUGCCACGUGCCAGGGUGCCUGGACGGACAGCUUCCAUUUGCAGUGCCUGGUGGAGCAGAGGCAGAGGAACUAGGCCCACCACCACCCGUUCAGUCAGUUGCUCUAGUAGGCGACUCCGAAAUGUUCUCACACAGUUUCCAUCUGUGGUGCCUUGUCGAGCAGAGGAGCGUGGCCCGUUCAGUUUAUGUGAAGCCGUAUGUGCUCCUUAUUGGCGCUCCCACCACCACCAUGCUGACCUCGGGCUUUAAGCUGUCGCUCACACUUUACUCCGUCGUUGACCACGCUCCCCCUCCCGUCGCUUUCGCUUCCUCCCACCGUCGCCCUCGCUUCCUCCCACCGUCGCCCUUGCUUCCUCCCACCGUCGCCUUCGCUUCCUCCAACCGUCGCUUUCGCUUCCUCCCACCGUCGCCCUCGCUUCCUCCCACCGUCGCCCUCGCUUCCUCCCACCGUCGCCCUCGCUUCCUCCCACCGUCGCCCUCGCUUCCUCCCACCGUCGCCCUCGCUUCCUCCCACCGUCGCCCUCGCUUCCUCCCACCGUCGCCCUCGCUUCCUCCCACCGUCGCCCUCGCUUCCUCCCACCGUCGCCCUCGCUUCCUCCCACCGUCGCCCUCGCUUCCUCCCACCCUCCCCUACACUCCGCCGUCGAAGCCGUCCCGUCUUCCUCCUCUUCCUCUUAUUUGCCUUCUCCUGUCCGUCCUUCCACUCUCCAUGCCUCCCUCCUCUCUUUCUCUCUCUUUCCCUCCUUCACUUCUCCCGUCCGCCCGUGCGCCCAGCCUCCCUCCUCCGUACCACUCUCCCACCCACUCUUUCUUUCAUCCUCCUGCCUCUCUUCCACCCUGCCACUCUUCUUUUCAGACUGCCACCUUCCGAGCUUCUUUUAGUCCACCUUUCCGUCUCACCCACUUGUCCUCUCCCAACUUGAUCCUCACAUCCUCCCAUCCCCCCUUCUCCCCUUCCACCCUCCAACCCUUGCGCUCAUCCUCCCUUCGUCUCACCCUCCUUUUUUCUCAUCCUCCCAUUCUCCCUCUCUUCCCUCCCCCCUCCCUUCCUCCUGUCCUCCCUUCCUCCCUUCCUUUCUUCCUCUCUUCCACCCUCUGCCCUACUCUCUGCUUCAGUGUCUUUCUCCCCUCUCUUUCCCCUUUCCUCCCUCCCUUCAUCUCAUCCUCUCUUCCGCCCUUCCUCCUUGUCUCCCUUGCUCAUUUCUCCCUCCUCAUAUUCCCUGUUCCCUGCGUCCCUCGCUGCCAUCCUCCCUUCCUCUCAGCCUCCUCACUUCCUCUCGUCAACCAUUCCUCCGCACCCUUCUACCCUGCCACGCCUAUACACUCCUACCUUGUUCUAGGGGCUUGUUUCUUGUUGCCUGCCUGCCCUUGCAUUGUCAUUGUUUUGUUUCCUUCCCCGCUGCUUCGACUCUUGGCACAUUAG